AUGAUGCCACCUGCUGCCGACUAUGCCCUCGCUCUCCAUGCCGGGUCUGGGCUUCUCCUGGAUGAAUCCCGACGAGUUUGUCCGUGUGUCCUUCUUCCCCUCCGUGCUUCUCUCGCGCUAGUUGGGCGUGCAGGUGGCGGUGGCGAUGACGAGGACGUCGACAUGGGCGGGGAUUACCUCCAGGGUGUCGAGAUCAUUGACAGUUCGUAUGGCAUGAUCGAGCAGAGCAUCUCUUCCACGGGUCACUACUCACUAGGAGAUGGAACCGUUGACAGAGGUAACAUGUUGAGAGGUAUAAUUGAGGUUCCAAGUGAGAGAAGGCACCACUGGAAAGUGGAAGAUGCUUCAGCAAGCAGUUCAAUAUCUUUUAUCUUUGGUCCAAGAACUCAGGGAAUGGAUAUGGCACUUUCAAAGCUUAAUAGUGGUGGAUGGGUUCAUAUAUUUCCUGAAGGAGGCCAUUCAACGGAUGAAGGGAAAAUCAUUGCUCCUGCCAAGAGAGGUGUUGCAAGAUGCUGA